AUGCGCAUCUUCGUCACAGGCUCAACCGGCUUCGUCGGCACAGCCGUAGUCAAAGAACUCCUGGCCGCAGGCCACCAAGUCCUCGGCCUAACCCGCAGCGACAAAGGAGCCAAGCAACUAAAGCUCCAAGGCGCCGAACCUCUCCACGGCACAAUCGAGGAUCUAGAAAUCCUCCAAAAAGGCGCAUCAUCAUGCGAUGCCGUUAUUCACCUAGCAUUCGUGCACGACUUCACCGACUUCCCAAAUUCCUGCGCAAAGGAUCGCGCCGCAAUCAACGCUAUGGGAUCCACCCUCGCCGAAGCGGACGGUGAUCGGGCGCUAGUCAUAACCACGGGCACAAUGUUGCUCGCGGGCGGGAAGAUGGGCGACGAGGACGAUACGCCUGAUCUGACGAAUCCGCUUGGUGUCGCACGCGGUGCCUCAGAGGGGGUGUGUCUUGAUUUUGCGAAGAGAGGUGUUCGUGCGAGUGUCGUGCGGCUUCCGCCUACGACUCAUGGGCCUGGGAUGUCGGGGUUCAUGGGUGCGUUGAUCGGGAUUGCGUUGGAGAAGGGUGUUUCGGCGUAUGUUGGUACGGGACUUAAUCAUUGGUCUGCGGGUCAUCGGGAUGACGCUGCGAGAGUUUAUCGGUUGGCUGUUGAGAAGGGUGAAGCUGGGUCGGUUUUCCAUGCUGUUGGUGAGGAGGGUGUUGUUAUGAAGGAUAUUGCGACUGAGGUUGGUACCAGGCUGGGCAUUCCUGUUGUUAGCAUUGCGGCGGAGAAGGCAGAGGAGCAUUUUGGGUGGUUUUCUUUUGGGGCCAUGGCCGAUAAUCUGGCGUCGAGUAAGAAGACGCAGGAGAGAUUGGGUUGGAGGCCUACUGGUCUGACGGUUAUUGAAGAUGUGCCUGGCAUUGUUGAAUUCUUGAAGCUCCAACGGGUGGAAAGUAAGAAGUAA